AUGGAAUCAUUGACAUUACUUUGUUCGCCAACGCCGGAAGCAAAUGCAAUCUGGACGAUACGAAUGAUCAAGGGUUCCGAUGUUGAAACUAUCACAGAGGAUGAUCUGGUAGCUUUUGUAAAAUCGGUUUUUCGAUUAGCAAUGAUUGAAAAAUCAAAGCGUGACAAAACAUCUGAUUCCACUUUUGAUAUGGUCGAUAGAUCAUUGCAAAAUGUUGCUAUAUAUCGCUCUCACGGAACAUUUAAGGCACUGGAUAAGGAUGGAAAUGGUUAUAUUUGCAAGUCUGAUUUUGUCAACUUUUUCCAGCAAAAUGACUAUUUGGAUCCAAUUUUCAUGAAAUCAUAUACGCGCUUAAAAAUACGAUAG